UCCAUAAUCAAAUCCACUUUGUCAGAGAUCAAAGAUGGCUAUUGCACGAACUGGAGUUUAUGUUGAUGAUUACCUUGAGUAUGCAAGCACUUUCCCUGCAGAGCUACAAAGACUACUAAACACAGUUCGCGAGCUAGACGAGAGAUCUCAAUCGCUUAUAAAUCAGACAAGGCAGCAAACUAAGUAUUGCUUAGGGCUUGCUUCACAGAGUUCUAAAAAGGGUAAUGGUAAUCAUUACAAUAAUGGUGGUCUUGAUGAAGAGGAAACAAUUGAGAAAAUGCGUAAAGAGAUCGAGUCUAGUCAGGAAAAUGCGUUAAGUUUGUGUACGGAGAAGGUCUUAUUGGCCCGACAGGCGUAUGAUCUUAUAGAUAGUCAUGUAAAACGACUUGAUGAAGAUCUGAAUAAUUUUGCAGAAGAUUUAAAGCAAGAGGGAAAAAUACCACAAGACGAGCCCUCCGUUCUUCCUCCACUACCUAUAGUUCCCAAACCGGAAAAGCGUAAGUCCUUCUAUGGCACACCUCAGUCCAAGAAGAUUGAUUACAGAGAUAGGGAGUGGGAUCGUGAUAGAGAUUUUGAGCUCAUGCCUCCUCCAGGAAGCAAUCGGAAAGACCUCAUGCCAAUCGAAGAGCAGCCAAUCGAUCCAAACGAACCAACUUACUGUGUCUGCCAUCAGGUGUCCUUUGGAGACAUGAUUGCCUGUGACAAUGAGAAUUGCCAAGGAGGUGAAUGGUUUCACUAUACAUGCGUUGGCCUCACACCUGAGACCAGAUUCAAAGGGAAAUGGUUUCACUUUGCUACGGCACAUCGAUUUCUUUUGCUUUUGAAUUCUCCAAAGGUUUCAUCUUUGUACGGUCAAAGCAAAGAAGUAGCUCAAGUAGAAGAAGCAGUUGGAGUAAUGGGUUUGAAUCUGAAUCCAAUUUUGCGACAAGAGUUGGCUAAUCUUGACAAAGACACAGAGAGUCGUAAAUCAGCAAUGAAAGCUCUUAAAUCUUAUGUGAAGGACUUGGAUUCAAAGGCUAUUCCUGGUUUUCUAGCUCAAGUUUUCGAGACUAAAGAAACCAACUCUUUGUCCGGUGAAUACACGAUUUCGCUGUAUGAAAUACUUGCUCGUGUUCAUGGACCUAACAUUGUUCCUCAGAUUGAUACAAUCAUGUCCACUAUUUUCAAGACUUUGGCUUCAAGUGCUGGUUCUUUCCCUCUUCAACAAGCUUGUUCGAAAGUUAUUCCGGCAAUUGCUCGAUAUGGGAUCGAUCCGACAACUAAAGACGACAAGAAACGAGUUAUAAUCCACUCUUUGUGUAAGCCUCUUACGGAUUCUCUACUGGCCUCUCAAGAGAGCCUUACUUCAGGGGCUGCUUUGUGUUUGAAGGCUCUUGUGGAUUGUGACAAUUGGCGAUUUGCUUCGGACGAGAUGGUGAACAGGGUUUGUCAAAAUGUGGUAGUUGCGUUGGACUCAAACUCCAACCAAACACAUCUUCAAAUGGGUUUGGUUAUGUCACUUGCCAAACAUAAUCCUUUGAUUGUUGAAGCCUAUGCAAGGUUGUUGAUACACACGGGAUUGCGAAUUCUGGGAUUCGGAGUAUCUGAAGGAAACUCGCAGAAACGGUUAUCUGCAGUACAAAUGUUGAACUUCCUAAUGAAGUGCUUGGACCCGAGAAGCAUAUACUCCGAAGUUGAGUUAAUAAUCAAAGAAAUGGAGAGGUGUCAAUCUGAUCAAAUGGCUUAUGUUAGAGGAGCUGCUUAUGAAGCAAUGAUGACUUCAAAAAGAAUAGCGGGAGAGCUCGAGUCGAAGCUGGAGAAGGGUUGUCGUUCUGUUACUGGUUCGAAUUACAGUCGAAGAAACUGUUCACCCAUUGUUAAUGGUCAUUUUCCUGAUGACUCCUUAUCACCUGAAUCACAGACUCUAGGCUCGUUCAGCGGAUAUGAUUCUCCGGUUGAGUCCUCGCCUAUUUCUCAUACUUCUUGUAACUCUGAAUUUGAUCGGCGGAGUGUGAAUCGCAAACUUUGGAGACCUGAUCAAAAUGGAGGAGGGGUUGAUAUCUCUUUAAAGGAUGGUCUUUUCUCUGGUGUAACUAAAGGAAGCACCACUGUCUCUGAUUCACCUCUUGUCCCAUAUGAUACUUGUGAAAAUGGAGACGAAUUCGAAGGGUUUCUAAUGGAAAGUUUGAGAAACAGGCGGCUGCAAAACACCACUCCUAGUCCUCAGAGACAGCGUUCACGACGUAUCAAUGCUGAAGAUUUCAACAUCUUCAGCACUCCACGGAAGCUCAUCAGCUCUCUUCAAUAUCCUGAUGAUGUUGACUUAGACCAUUCAGAUAUCCAAAGUCCAAUACCGAGAAGCGGAAGAGAGAAAACCAUAGGAUCUCGCAAGAAUCCUCAACUCAGAAAGCAAUUUUCAACCAUGGCGGAAACAAUGUCAUCAACUGUUAAAUUUAGUGGAGAUACAUCUCAAACACAGAUGAUAUCGGGUAAGAAGAAGAAGAUGAGCUAUGCCAAAUUCGUUAUUGCGAUAUCUUUUGUUGCAGUGGCUCUCUUUACAACCGUGAUAUUGAUGGUGAAUCAAGAUGACGAUGUUGGUUACUACACUGUUCCUACAUGAUUCACAUCUUACUGGUGUUAAGUUCAAUCGUAGUGUAGCAGAGAGAGUAGUUUAGCUGUUUAAUUACGUGUUAGUUGUUUGUAAUGAACUUGGUACAAGAUU